AUGCGAAUUUUGGCAAUUUUUUGCUUUUUGUCCGCGAUUCGAGCCGUCAAAAUUGCGCUUUUCCCGUCGACGGGAUGCUUCAGCCACGAUGUGAUGAUGAAAGAGAUUGGCGCGCAACUUGACGGGCCGACGACGAACAUCACGUGGAUUCAGACGUACCUCUACGAGUUCGGAUUCGGCGAGAUUCGCCUGCCGGAUGCGUGGAAUCGCCUGGCGUUGUAUGGCGUCGACGAGAAAGGUGAGCAAUUGCACGAGAAGACCGGCAAACUGGUGUGGCGACAGAACGUGCCGUACGACUUCCAGACGCCGUUUCAAUUCGACGGAAUUCGCUCGUUCAUCGUAAUGCUCCAACGUCAUCAGGAGUACUGCACAAAGAUGCUUCACGAUCCGCGAUAUCAGCAGUUGAGAUACGAGAAUAUCACGGUGGCCGUGUUGGAUCAUUUUUUGCAGGAAUGCAUGGGCGGUCUUGCGCAUUUGCUCAACGCAUCCGUCGUCCAAUUCAGCAAUUGGCCGGUUGCUGACGGCUACAUCACCAGCCUCAACCUGCCGGCGAGUCCGGCAGCUGUGCCGAAAACCGGAACGCGUCUCUCGAGCUACUCGAUGACGUUUUUGCAGCGAUGCCAGAAUCUCCUUUUCCAUAUUGCCAUCGUCUUCACAAGAUUUGUGCAAAUGCAAACACUCGAUCGAAUGUUCGCCAGAAACGGCUAUCCAUGGAUUCGCGUCGAGACGAAUGAAGCGCAGCGGCCAAUCUACGCGGGCCGCUCCGAAUUAUUGUUCGAGACGAUUCGACCCAUCAACUAUCGGGUGAAGUACUUCGGAUCUGCGUCGAUGAAGAGCCCUCAUCACUACGUCAGCUCAAUCGGUCAUCUGAAUUCGGCGUCGCCGACGACGUCAACAGUCGUUCGUCGAAACGCGUCGAGUCCGGAAGACGAAUGCAUUCCGACGAACGUUGCUCGACGACGGUCUUGGCUGUUCGACAAAGUGCGGAAUCGCGAGCAAAUCGAGGCGCGUCGGACGAUGCUUCGUCAAAAAUAUGCGACGAUCGAUUGGAAUCGCGUCGAUCGCGAGCCGUUCGUGUUGGUGAGCUUCGGCAGCGUGGCGCAGGUCACCAAAAUGCACCAAGAGCUCCUCGCCCAUCUUCUCGACACAUUCUCGUCGCAGCCCGGAUUGAUCAUUUGGCAGUCGGAUUUGAGUGGCCAACAAAUGCGCGCCAAGUUCAAUUUGACGGUCCCGUCGAAUGUGAUGAUCAGUGGAUGGGUGCCGAUUAAAGAGCUUCUCGCCCACGAGAACAUCAACUAUAUUAUUUGUCACGGCGGAAUCAACACCGUCAACGAGUUGGCGCUCUUCGGGGUGCCGGUGCUCGGCGUGCCGCUUCAGGGCGACCAAAUAUCGAAUCUGGCGAGGAUCGCAGAUCUCGGCGCCGCCGAAUUGAUGACGGUCCACGAGUUGGAUGGUCUCGGCGCGAAAAUGCACGAGAUGCGACGCAAUAUCGAGCGGUAUUGGUCUCGAAGCGAGCAACUCGCGCGAAUGCUUCAAACCCAUCGCGAGCUGCACAAGGAUUAUCAGAGAUUCUGGUUGAAUUGGGUGGCGAGGAACGGCAAACGAAUCGAGCGUCGCAAAUUUCUGCGAUUCGAGUAUUUGGGCGAUCUCGAAAAUCGACUAUGGGCGGCGAUUGGUGUUGCGAUCGUCGCCGGUCUCGUGACGCUUUACCAAUAA